GAUAUGUAUCAUUAAUCGAAAAAGGCGUCGUCGCUUUAUCGUAAACGAGACUCAAUAAAUUUUUUGAAAAUAAGUGAAGUUUUUAUUGAUAAGAUGGGCACGUUAACCGAUUUCGGCCAGAUAGCUUUGAAAUGGGACCCCAAAAAUUUGGAGAUUCGUACAAUGUCAGUUGAAAAGACUUUAGAGCCUCUUGUACUACAAGUUACAACUCUUGUAAAUACUAAGGGUCCGAGCAAAAAGAAAAAAGGAAAAUCAAAACGUGCCAGUGCGUUAGUUGCAGCUGUUGAGAAGGCAACGGAAAAUUUUAUUCAAAAAGGUGAACAGAUUGCCUAUGAGAACCCAGACAUUACACAAGAAAUGCUAACCGCUGUCGAUGAAGUAAAAAAAACUGGAGAUGCUAUGAGCAUUGCAGCCAGAGAAUUUUCUGAAGACCCAUGCAGUUCCUUAAAGCGGGGAAAUAUGGUACGGGCAGCUAGAAAUCUAUUAUCAGCUGUAACCCGUUUGCUAAUUUUAGCUGACAUGGUAGAUGUUCAUUUGCUACUAAAAUCGCUUCAUAUCGUUGAGGACGAUCUAAAUAAACUAAAAAAUGCAUCGAGUCAGGACGAGCUUAUGGAUAAUAUGAGGCAAUUCGGUCGCAAUGCUGGAGAACUUAUAAAGCAAGCUGCCAAACGUCAACAAGAACUUAAGGAUCCUCAGUUGAGGGACGACUUGGCAGCUGCUCGUGCGAUGCUUAAAAAACAUUCAACUAUGCUUUUAACUGCAUCAAAAGUAUAUGUUCGCCAUCCCGAAUUGGAUCUCGCAAAAGUGAAUCGCGAUUUUAUUCUAAAACAAGUUUGUGAUGCUGUCAAUACAAUAAGCGAUGUUGCUCAAGGAAAAUCAUCCCAACCCACAGAUAUUUACAGCGGAGCAGGAGAGUUGGCUGCAGCUUUGGACGAUUUUGAUGAAGGAAUUGUUAUGGAUCCCAUGACAUAUAGCGAGAAGCGUUCACGACAAUUGCUUGAAGAACGCUUAGAGAGUAUCAUUAGUGCAGCUGCAUUAAUGGCGGAUGCAGACUGUACUAGAGACGAACGACGAGAGAGAAUUGUUGCAGAAUGCAAUGCUGUAAGACAAGCUUUACAAGAUUUGCUGUCUGAAUAUAUGUCAAACAUGAGUCAAAAAGAUAACAGCCCUGGACUUACUCGAGCGAUUGAUCAAAUGUGUCGCAAAACUCGAGACCUGCGAAGACAAUUACGAAAAGCUGUUGUUGAUCAUGUUUCGGAUUCAUUUUUGGAGACUACAACUCCUUUGCUGGAUUUAAUAGAAGCUGCCAAGACAGGCAAUGAAAAAAAAGUUCGUGAAAAAGCCGAGAUUUUCACUAAGCACGCUGAAAAACUAGUUGAAGUAGCUAAUCUAGUAUGUAGCAUGUCAAGUAAUGAAGAUGGUGUUAAAAUGGUUCGAUAUGCUGCUGCCCAAAUUGAAAGUCUUUGCCCACAAGUAAUAAAUGCAGCCUCCAUUUUGACUGUACGACCCAAUUCUAAAGUAGCUCAAGAAAAUAUGACUACAUAUCGGCAAGCUUGGGAGGUUCAAGUUCGUAUUUUAACCGAAGCAGUGGAUGAUAUAACAACAAUUGACGACUUUUUGGCAGUAUCCGAGAACCAUAUUCUUGAAGAUGUAAAUAAAUGUGUAAUGGCUUUACAAGUUGGUGAUGCCAGGGAUUUGCGGGCAACUGCUGGAGCUAUUCAGGGCCGCUCCUCACGUGUUUGUAAUGUUGUUGAAGCUGAAAUGGACAAUUAUGAGCCAUGUAUUUAUACAAAGCGAGUGCUAGAAGCAGUUAAAGUUCUUCGAGAGCAAGUUAUGAUGAAAUUUGAUCAACGCGUGGGAGCAGCAGUUGGAUCCCUUUCAAAUAACUCUAAUAAAGAUGUCGACGAAAACGACUUUAUUGAUGCAUCUCGUUUGGUAUACGACGGAGUCCGUGAAAUUCGAAGAGCCGUUCUAAUGAAUCGAAGCUCGGAAGAUCUUGACACUGAUACUGAAUUUGAGCCUGUUGAGGACUUGACCUUGGAAACACGAAGUCGAUCAAGUGCUCAUACUGGCGAUCAAACGGUUGACGAAUAUCCGGACAUAAGUGGCAUAUGUACAGCUAGAGAAGCCAUGCGAAAAAUGACAGAAGAAGAUAAACAAAAAAUUGCUCAACAGGUUGAGUUGUUCCGUAGGGAGAAACUUACCUUUGACUCGGAAGUUGCGAAAUGGGAUGACACUGGAAAUGACAUUAUUUUUCUUGCCAAACAUAUGUGUAUGAUUAUGAUGGAAAUGACCGACUUUACAAGAGGACGGGGACCUUUAAAAACUACUAUGGAUGUUAUCAACGCAGCUAAAAAAAUUUCAGAAGCUGGUACAAAACUGGAUAAACUAACCAGAGAAAUAGCAGAACAAUGCCCAGAAAGCAGCACAAAAAAGGACCUAUUAGCAUAUUUGCAACGUAUUGCCCUUUAUUGUCAUCAAAUCCAAAUAACUUCAAAAGUAAAAGCUGACGUUCAAAACAUAAGUGGUGAACUUAUAGUUUCUGGGCUGGAUAGCGCAACAUCGUUGAUUCAAGCUGCUAAAAAUUUAAUGAAUGCGGUUGUACUAACAGUAAAAUACUCAUAUGUGGCAUCUACAAAAUAUACUAGACAAGGAACAGUAUCUUCUCCAAUUGUGGUGUGGAAAAUGAAAGCUCCGGAGAAGAAACCUUUGGUCAGGCCGGAAAAACCAGAAGAAGUUCGAGCUAAAGUUCGUAAGGGUUCUCAAAAAAAAGUUCAGAACCCCAUACAUGCAUUGUCGGAAUUCCAAAGUCCCGCUGACGCUGUUUAAAAGUAUUUGUCAAUAUCUAUUUAUUACGGUAUAAAUCGUAGCACAGUAAUAUAGCUCAGUAUUGUGUUUUGUUUUUGUGUUCGAAAGCAGCUAUUUAUCCCUAGCUAUUUUAUUAAUGAAAACAUUCAUAAAUUUACAUUAUAACAGAAUAAUAAAAAAUAUUAACAUUC